CGGCGGCCGGCGCGGGCGGGCGCGGCCUUUGUCUCCUCCUCUGGCGCGCUCCGUGGCUGCACCCGCCCCAUGAGCCCGCGGUCCCCCAGCGCCUGAGCCGCCCGCAGCCCCUGACCUGACCUGCCCUCGCAAUGGCCGAAGCUGCCUCCGGCGCCGGGGGCACGUCCCUUGAGGGUGAGCGUGGCAAGAGGCCCCCGCCGGACGGCGAGCCUGCAGCCCCGGCGUCCGGAGUUCUGGAUAAGCUUUUUGGGAAGCGGCUCCUGCAGGUGGGUCGGUACCUGGUGUCCCACAAGGCAUGGAUGAAGACGGUGCCCACAGAGAACUGCGACGUGUUGAUGACCUUCCCAGACACGACCGAUGACCACACGCUGCUGUGGCUGCUGAACCACAUCCGCGUGGGCAUCCCCGAGCUCAUCGUGCAAGUCCGCCACCAUCGCCACACGCGUGCCUACGCCUUCUUCGUCACCGCCACGUAUGAGAGCCUACUCAGAGGGGCCGACGAGCUGGGUCUGCGCAAAGCAGUGAAGACUGAGUUUGGCGGGGGCACCCGCGGCUUCUCCUGCGAGGAGGACUUCAUCUACGAGAAUGUGGAGAGUGAGCUGCGCUUCUUCACCUCCCAGGAGCGCCAGAGCAUCAUCCGCUUCUGGCUACAGAACCUCCGUGCCAAGCAGGGCGAGGCACUGCACAAUGUGCGCUUUCUGGAGGACCAGCCAAUCAUCCCUGAACUGGCGGCCCGUGGGAUCAUCCAGCAGGUGUUCCCAGUCCACGAGCAGCGCAUCCUGAACCGCCUCAUGAAGUCAUGGGUGCAGGCUGUGUGUGAAAACCAGCCUCUAGAUGAGAUCUGUGACUACUUUGGCGUGAAGAUUGCCAUGUACUUCGCCUGGCUGGGUUUCUACACAUCGGCAAUGGUGUACCCGGCGGUCUUCGGCUCUGUCCUGUACACAUUCACAGAGGCUGAUCAGACAAGCCGGGAUGUAUCCUGCGUGGUCUUUGCCCUCUUCAACGUGGUCUGGUCAACGCUCUUCUUGGAGGAGUGGAAACGGAGGGGAGCAGAGCUGGCCUACAAGUGGGGGACGCUGGACUCACCCGGGGAAGCUGUGGAGGAGCCACGGCCCCAGUUCAGGGGCGUGCGGCGCAUCAGCCCCGUGACUCGGGCCGAGGAGUUCUACUACCCGCCCUGGAAGCGGCUGCUCUUCCAGCUGCUUGUGAGUCUCCCCUUGUGCCUCACCUGCCUGGCCUGUGUGUUCCUGAUGAUGCUCGGCUGCUUCCAGCUGCAGGAGCUGGUGCUGAGUGUGAAGGGGCUGCCCCGUCUCGCCCGCUUCCUGCCCAAAGUCAUGCUGGCCCUGCUGGUCAGUGCAAGCUCCGAGGGCUACAAGAAGCUGGCCGUCUGGCUCAACGACAUGGAGAACUACCGGCUGGAGAGCGCCUACGAGAAGCACCUCAUCAUCAAGGUUGUCCUGUUCCAAUUCGUCAACUCAUACCUGAGCCUCUUCUACAUCGGCUUCUACCUCAAGGACAUGGAGCGCCUGAAAGAGAUGCUGGCCACUCUGCUGAUCACCCGCCAGUUCCUCCAGAAUGUUCGAGAGGUCUUGCAACCGCACCUGUACCGGCGGCUGGGCCGUGGCGAGCUUGGCCUGCGGGCUGCCUGGGAGCUGGCCCGUGCCCUGCUCGGCCUACUGAGCCUCCGGCGCCCUGCACGCCACCUCGAACCCCAGGCUGAAGAGGGUGUCGGUGGCAGCAGCGGUGGGGGGGGCCGCAGGUGUCUCAGUGGGGCCUGCGGGGCACCUGAGGAGGAGGAGGAGGCCACAAUGGAGCGUCGGCCAGCGGGGGAAGGUGGGGAGGUGGGGGACGGGCCUCGGGGGGGCAGGGAGGAGGAGGAGGACGAGGAGGAGGAGGAGGAGGACGAAGAGGAGGAGGAGGAGGAGGAGGAAGGCGAGGAGGGCGGCUUCCUGGACUGUGGGCUUCGGCUGAAGAAGGUCAGCUUUGCUGAGCGGGGGGCUGGGCGGCGGCGGCUGGGCCCAAACCCGGAGGCCCUCCUGGAGGAGGGGAGCCCCACCAUGGUGGAGAAGGGGCUGGAAGCUGGCGUGUUCACGCUGGCCGAGGAGGACGAUGAGGCCGAGGGGGCUCCCAGCAGCCCUGAACGGGAGCCCCCGGCUGUCCUGCUCCGCCGGGCCAGAGGCGAGGGCCGCGACCAGGGCCCCGAUGGGGACCCAGACCCAGAGCCGGGCUUGGGUGACUCAGCCCGGAAGCAGCGGCGGCAGAACCGGUCAUCUUGGAUCGACCCACCCGAGGAGGAACACUCGGCCCAGCUCACCCAGGCCGAGCUCGAGAGCUGUAUGAAGAAAUACGAGGACACGUUCCAGGACCAUGAGGAGAUGUUCGUGCAGUUUGGCUACGUCGUGCUCUUCUCGUCUGCCUUCCCCCUGGCUGCCCUCUGUGCCCUCAUCAACAACCUCAUCGAGAUCCGCAGUGAUGCCCUCAAGCUGUGCACGGGGCUGCAGCGGCCCUUUGGGCAGCGGGUGGAGAGCAUUGGCCAGUGGCAGAAGGUGAUGGAGGUCAUGGGCGUCCUGGCAAUCGUAGUCAACUGCUAUCUAAUUGGCCAGUGUGGGCAGCUGCAGCGCCUCUUUCCCUGGCUCAGCCCCGAGGCGGCCAUCGUGUCCGUGGUGGUGCUUGAGCACUUCGCUCUGCUCCUCAAGUACCUCAUCCACGUGGCCAUCCCCGACAUCCCCGGCUGGGUGGCCGAGGAGAUGGCCAAGCUGGAGUACCAGCGCCGGGAGGCCUUCAAGAGACAUGAGCGCCAGGCCCAGCACCGCUACCAGCAGCAGCAGCGGCGGAGGCGGGAGGAGGAGGAGCGCCAGCGCCACGCGGAACAUCAUGCCCGGAGGGAGCGCGACGCCAGUGGCCGGGAGGAAGCUCGGGCCGAGGGCUCCGGGCUGGACCCUGCAGCCCCAGAGAAGGCCUCGGCCAAGGCCAAGGGCAGUGGGGCGGCAGGAGGCCAUGGGCCGGAGCGGCCCAAGCGCCCGGGGUCCCUGCUGGCACCUAACAACGUCAUGAAGCUGAAGCAGAUCAUCCCACUGCAGGGCAAGUUCCUGUCGUCCGGGGCUGCAUCCUCGCUGGCCGGCGCGGGCGCCAACCUCACUGCCCGGCCGCCCCCUGCCCCGUCCCCCACAGGCAGUGACACCCGCCUGCCGGCCUUCCUCAGCUUCAAAUUCCUCAAGUCGCCCGAGACCCGGCGGGACCCAGAGCGUAGCCACUCGCCGCCCAAGGCCUUCCACGCCGGCAAGCUCUUCCCCUUCGGCGGGGCCCGGGCUGAGGCCGGGUCCAACGGGGCGGGCGGGCAGGCCCGGCAGGACGGGACCCCCAGCGGUGGCAGUGGUGGUAGCCGAGCCCAGCGGAGUGGGCCGGCAGACGAGGCCGCAGCUGAGGAGCCGGACACACCCCGGCCGGAAGAGGAAGGCUCAGGUCACAGGCUUUAACUCGGGGGUGGGGACUCCGGGCCGGGCUUUGGGGAUAGGGGUGGGGUGUCCAGGCCUGGGGAGAGGGGCUGAAGGGGACAGAGGAGGCCUAGUCUCCCGGUACCGGUUGGGGACCUGGGUAUGUGGUACAUGGAGCCUCUUUGUCAAAGCCUACCCAGUCUUUCCGGGACCCCGGAGAACCUGGAGCCCUGUGCCUGACCCUCCUCAGCCCUGGGGAGGGAUGCCAAAGCCCCUCGUCCCUGUGCCCCUCGCAUGGCCUGCCAGGCUCCAGUGCCAGGAGAGAUGAGGGAGGCCCCUUCACCACCUGGCCCAGCCUCUCCUGCCCCCAUGAGACCCUACACCCAGCUCACUCUGGGGGCACUGGACCCCCAGGCCUCUAUGCAAGUCCCCACCCUGCAGCCCAGCUGUUCGAGGCGGCCUUCCUGGGAGGUGGAGCUGGGGCUGCCCACCCAGGGAGUUCAGGGCUGCAGCCACACGUGUGCUGAGCAGAGCCACAGGCCUCACUGCCGCCCCUCCCACCCCGUCCCAGCCCGGAGGCCAGCAGCCCAUCCCAGGGAGCCCAAGAGGUGGCAGCUGUAGCACCAGGGAUAUAGGUCAGAAGUCAGGGGGACUUCCUCAGACCGUCCUCUCUCCGUGAGGGGGAGGGGCCCAGUGCCCAGAGGCGGGGGAUGCACCCGAAGAAGCCCACCCCUUGUCACUGAUCAGAAGCAAUAAGGCCCUCCAUGUGCCUGAAAGCCCGGAGG